AAGGGUCCAUAGUUUCCAUAUCUGCAGUCCGGCAAAAAGCGAACCAGAUAAAGGAGGCACAUAGAAAUUUUUCAUCGCUGUGUAUAUGAAUUGGUAAAUGGUAUAAAAAGCAUGUAUCAGUCUUCCCGCUCUUCCCGCUGCUCUCAUUGGACUCUCUGGACUGAGCAGAUUUGGAGCCUCUCGAGUUCGAGUUCAUCGGGUUUCGAGUUCAUCGAGUUUCGAGUUCGAGUUGCGGCAGUUCGCCCACUCAGUUUGGCCACAGCUCUGAAUGCGAGCGUAACGAUCGCAAGCCGCCCGUCCUACAGUGAAGUGCAUUUUCUCCAAUUCCUCAAGCCGCCUCCUCGAUUUAAAUUUGGUUGGACCACAGCCCACAACCUGAAGCCGUCUUUAAUGCCCGUAUCUUGUCGAGAGUUUCCGAAAUAGUUAUGAAUCUUAUACUGGCUGUAACCACGGCUCUGCAACUAGUUUUGGUGGCAUUGGCGCAUACCCCGCUAUCAAUUCGUGGCGAAAGCCUCUCUGAUGGCAUACGUCUGGUCAUGGAAAAGCGGUCGGGCGAUGUAGUACACAUUCGCCCGGCUCGGGGCACACUGGAGGCUGAGGCAGUCGGAUCCACCACCAAUGGUGACACCCACCGCACCAAGAAUAAUCGCAAGGCGAACAAGCCGCAGGAGCACUUCCAGCACAAGGGAACCAGAAAACUAGUGGUUGCGGAAAAUGGCGGGGCACUGUCAUCGCAGGUAUCACAACCAAAUCACAAGCAAGGCCACAAAAACGCUGAUAAGCAACCACGCCAAGGAGGACCGAAGCAGCAGCGAGGACAUGGCCAGCAUCAUGGAGGCAAUAGAAAAGGACCCAAAGCAGUGACUCCAGAAAAUGGGUCGACUUGCCGAUACGCCAAGAGUGCUUGGACCAAUUGUGAUCACAAGACCAACAUGCGCUCGCGAGUGCUGACCCUCAGGAAAGGAGAGCAAAACUGCCUGCCAACGCGGUCUAUACAGAAGAAGUGCAAGAAAGGCUGCCGCUAUGAGAAGGGUGAAUGGUCUCAGUGCGUCGGAGGACAAAUAACCAGAGAGGAUAAACUGGAACCAGAAGCCACUGGCGGCAGUGAUCAAAACUGCAAUCCUGUGCGUACCGUCAGCAAGAAGUGCAAAGCCAAUGGCAAUUCCAGUGGAGGAAAGCAACAUGGCCAGAGUCGUCGAACAAAGGAGCAAAAGCAGAAGGAUAAGGGAGUCGGUCGCAUUUCGUCUUAAUAACGCAAAUUAUUUAUUUAAUACGUAUACGGAAGCCACAUUUUUAACAUUAAUUAAGCAAUUUUUAAGUGCUAGCCCGUACGGACUACAUGAACGACAAUAAAGAACUGGUUUUGU